GUUUUACUUUAUUCUGUGCCCCGACAAUCAUGUCGAUUCAUCGCCGCUCCCAAAUAAUAUUCAGAAUCGACGAGGCGUACUUGAUAUCGGCCUGGGUUGCAUCAUUUCUUUGGGGUUGCUUCACUGUCCUUGCUGCCUAUGCAUUCUAUACAAUCAUCUCAAUCCGCAAAUCACGCCCACCGAACAAAGUCGUAACUUCCGCAAUCGUCGUCUUAUAUUGUCUGGCUACUGCACAUGCAGCGCUCAGCAUCCGUAGACUGAUAGAUGCUUUCAUUGUGCAUGCUGACGACGUCGGAUCACAGCGUUAUCUUGCGGACAUUGGGGCUGGAAUCAACAAGGCAAAGGACCUCAUAUACAUUACGAGCACUUGUAUCGGGGAUAUGGUUAUUGUCUGGCGAUGCUUUAUUGUGUGGAACAAGAACAUCCCUGCUAUCAUACUUCCCGUUCUCUUAGUCUUCGGCACGGCGCUAUCAGGAUACGGCGCCAUAGGGCAUUAUUUUGUCCUGGAAACAGCCAACAUUAAGGAAGUCACCCGUUGGGGAACUACAAUGUUCAUUACUUCUCUAUGCACGAAUAUCAUCGUGACCCUCCUGACUGCGUUUAGAAUCUGGUGGAUAGCACGCUCGACGACCUCCAAAGCUAUCAAGAGAUACCAAACUCUCCUUUUGGUGAUCAUUGAGUCCGGUGCCCUCGUUACUAUCACAAAAGCGUUCGAGUUUGGUCUAUACAAACACGCGCCGGGCGAUGGCUUAAAUGGUCUCAACGCGAUGUACAUUCCUUUUGACUGUAUGCCGCAGAUAACGGGUAUCGUCCCAACAUUGAUCGUCAUCGCUGUUAAUAAAAAUAUGACGGCUAAUCUUACCGUCUCAACCUACCCCUCGGAUUGCCGUCGUGGAGCGCUUCGGCGCGGAGACGUAGAAGCCGUUACUGUAGGAAAGAUACAAUUCGCGCAGAACUCAUCUCAAGAUCCGGACGAGACAGAGUUCUCCGAAGAGGUACCAUCAGAAGACGUUGUUCCCAUUCCCCUUCAGGACGACAAGCCUGAGGUAGUCGUGUCCAUGGAUCAACCAGGGGUCUAUCACGUCCAACCAGUGCCCUGAAGAGAUUUACUUUUCCCUAUACAUUCAAUGUGUUGUAUUGGGUAGAUAGGUAGAAUUAUACCCUGCAGUCCAUCCAGGGUUGCGCUAAUGUCUGAAGUACUAUUAUACAAUUCAAAUGCCG